AUGCAGUCCACCCUCAACAAAAACAUAGCCACCUACAACAACUCCGUCGAACAGUCCUGCCUUGAAGACAACAAACUCAUCUACAUCAGACACAGACUUCUCUCUCAGGACCGUUCACUAUACACACGGGACGCUAUCCACCUCAAACAUGACGCAGGUGGCGUCAAGUUGAUGGUGGCUGAUGUUAAGCGCACCUUGAGGCACCACCAGGAAGCCAUGGACUCCAGACAGCGCACCAAACCAGCAAGAAGACCGCAGUGGAUGCCAAACACUCAGCCCUACAUGCGGCCCGGACAACACCCCCCACCCCUCUGGAACACUCCACGGGACCCGUCGCAGAUGUACCCGAGGAACCCAGCACGUGCACCAAGCCACCAGGGGACCGACUGGAACCACACACGGGACAAACAGCAGACUGUGGAGAAGCUGUUACAUAUGCUGACGGACUUCCUGAAGCAGUGA